AGCGAGGGAGAGCGUGGCCACGGCCUCGACGGCCCCCGGAGCCUUCGAGGGCAGCUCUAACCCUGGGCGGCCCCCUCCCCCACUCCGCGCUUCCAGAGGCCGCGCGAGAGGGUUGGGAGUUUCCCCCAGUCAGCGGUGAGCUCACCAGGGCCGGGAGCCCAGCCCUCAGCGUUCUGGACAAAGGUGGAAGGAAUGCAGGCUGUUUGGCAUGAGUCACAGAGGCCUCUGCCUCUCUCGGACUCUCCCACCGAGUCCGCCCCGGGGCCGUGCAGGGUCAGCAGAGCCACAGGGGUUCCUGCGGGGAGAAGAGAGGAGCGAACGCUACGCUGGGGGUCCCUAGGAAGGAGGACUUCAGACGGAAGUGACUUGUGGGUCCGCCGGGCAAAGCCGCAGCGACAAGAAAAGCUGCAGCCGGCCGGAUUUAGGUUAGAUGGAAGAAAGAACUCCAACGGAUGAAGGGACGACCGGACCUCACACACAGGAUGGACGUCAACAAGGGCCUCCCAGCCACUGAGAGCCGCAGGGACCUCCACGUAUGGAUCAUCGAGAACCUGAGGAUGGCACCAGUACCCGAGAAGGCUUAUGGGAACUUUUUCGAGGAGCACUGCUACAUCGUCCUCCAUGUUCCCCAGAGCCUCAAGGCCACGCAGGGGGCGUGCAGCGACCUGCACUACUGGGCGGGGAAGGAGGCGGGCGCCGAGGCGCAGGACGCUGCCGAAGCCUUCGUGCAGCAGCUGCAGGAGACGCUGGGUGGCGCCACCGUGCAGCACCGGGAGGCGCAGGGCCACGAGUCCGACUGUUUCCGCAGCUACUUCCGCUCGGGAAUCAUCUACAGGAGAGGGGGCCUGGCCUCUGCCCUCACGCACGUGGAGACCAACCUGUACAACAUCCAGCGACUGCUGCACGUCCAGGGGAGGAAGCACGUGUCGGCCGCCGAGGUGGAGCUCUCUUGGAGCAGCUUUAAUAAGGGGGACAUCUUCCUGCUGGACCUGGGCAAGGUGAUGAUCCAGUGGAAUGGGCCUGAGACCAGCAUUCCUGAGAAGGCACGGGGCCUGGCCCUGACCUGCAGCCUCCGGGACAGGCAGCGCGGUGGUCGCGCACAGAUUGGCGUGGUGGAUGAUGAAGUUGAAGCCACUGACCUCAUGCGGAUCAUGGAAGCCGUGCUGGGCUGCAGAGUGGGCAACGUGCCUGCCACCAGGCCCGACAAGAGUGUUAACCAGCUGCAGAAAGCCAGCGUCCGUCUCUACCAUGUCUGUGAAAAGGAUGAGGACUUGGUGAUCCAGGAGUUGGCGACCUGCCCACUAACCCAAGACCUACUGCGGGAAGAGGACUACUAUAUCCUGGACCAGGGUGGUUUCAAGAUCUACGUGUGGCAGGGACGCCUGUCCAGCCUCCAAGAGAAAAAGGCUGCCUUCAGCCGGGCUCUGCGCUUCAUCCAGGCCAAAGGCUACCCGACCUACACCAACGUGGAGGUGGUGAACGACGGCGCCGAGUCGGCCUCGUUUAAACAGCUCUUCCAGUCUUGGUCUACCAAGCAGCGCGGGAACAAGAACUUCGGCAGGCUAAGUAAAUCGAUUCAGGUAAGGCCGGAUGUGGGCAAGCUGCAGAGUCAGCCUGAGCUAGCUGCCCAGCUCAGGAUGGUGGACGACGCUUCCGGGAAGGUGGAGGUGUGGUGCAUCCAGGACUUAGGCAGACAGCCCGUGGACCCCGAGCGUCAUGCACAGCUGUGUGCAGGCAACUGCUACCUCGUCCUCUACACCUACCAGAGGAUGGGCCACGUCCAGUAUAUCCUGUACCUGUGGCGGGGCCACCGCGCCACCACGCGUGAUGUCAAGGCCCUGAACUGCAAUGCCGAGGAGCUGGACCUCAUGUACCGGGGAGCCCUGGUGCAGGAGCACGUGACCAUGGGCAGCGAGCCCCCUCACUUCCUCGCCAUCUUCCAGGGCCAGCUGGUGGUCUUCCAGGGGCACACGGGACACGAUGGGAAGGAGCAGCCAGCACCUGCUACAAGGCUCUUCCACGUGCAAGGCACCGACAGCUGCAACACCAGGACCGUGGAGGUACCGGCCCGCGCCUCAGCCCUCAACUCCCGUGACAUCUUCUUGCUGGUCACAGCUAGCGUCUGCUACCUCUGGUUUGGAAAGGGCUGCAGCGGUGACCAGCGAGAGAUGGCGCGGACGGCGGUCACUGCCGUCUCUGGGGAGAACAAGGAAACGGUGCUGGAGGGUCAGGAGCCUCCCGGCUUCUGGGAGGCCCUGGGAGGCCCGGCUCCCUACCCCGGCAACAAGAGGCUCCCCGAGGACGUCUCCGGCUUCCAGCCCCGACUGUUUGAGUGCUGCAGCCACAUGGGCCACCUGGUCCUCACAGAAAUGGUGUUCUUUAGUCAAGAGGACCUGGACAAGUAUGACAUCAUGUUACUGGACACCUGGCAGGAGAUCUUCCUGUGGCUCGGGGAAGCUGCCAGCAAGUGGAAGAAGGAGGCGGUGGACUGGGGCCAGGAGUACCUGAAGACCCACCCGGCAGGGAGGAGCCCUGCCACGCCUAUCGUGGUGAUCAAGCAGGGCCAUGAGCCCCCCACCUUCACUGGAUGGUUCCUCGCUUGGGACCCCUACAAGUGGACUAACGACCAGUCCUACAAGGAGGUGGUGGAUGGCAGCCUGGGAGCAAUGCCAGCCAUAUGUGAGAUAACAGCCGAACUCAACGACUUCCAGCUGUCUAGAGGGCCAAGCAAUGGCGCGGCAGACCCUUUGACCCUGCAGACCCUCAAGGGCUCCCAGGACGGCUCAGGGAAUGAGCUGCAGCCAGGACCCAAGGCAGGUGACGCCAGCACCAACAGCCACCACAGCAGCCCCAGACCCAUCAUCAAUGGGAGCCUGCCCCGCGAACGGCUAAUGCAUCAGGCUGUUGAGGACCUGCCAGAGGGUGUGGACCCGGCCCGCAAGGAGUUCUAUCUCUCAGACUCUGACUUCCAAGAGAUCUUUGGGAAGUCCAAGGAAGAAUUCUACAGCAUGGCCAAGUGGAGGCAGCAGCAGGAGAAGAAGCAGCUUGGCUUCUUCUGAACCCAGGCCCUGCCCGUGUCGGUGCCACUAACGUAGCCAGGACCCCCCGGGGUGCCUUCCCAGCACGCACCCGAGCCCCCGGGGACACGCCGCUGGCAUUCCCCCAUCAAUAAAAGUCCGUGGCCCUCACAA